AUGUCUAAUAUAAACAAUGCUCUCUGCAUUGAGAACGGACAGAACGCAGACUUGUCCCUCUUACAAAAGGAUAACCUUCAGAACCUUCAGAACCUGCAGAACUUGCAGAACCUCCAGGAUGGUGGAUUAAGCCAGCUUUUGGAUUAUAACGCCGAGAUGGAACGGUACCGCUCUUUUGCAAACUUUUACAAAACCAACGGCGCGUUCGGCCAGACGGCCAAGAUCGCCCGCAUCACGACGCCCAUUUUCCCCAGCGCCCGGAUCGGCAUGUCCCCGUGGAACUGCGAUAACGCCAUGCUCUGGGGGAGGAAAUCGGCGACAAUAAACCCUAAUAGGACCAGCAUGCACAGGAAUGACUCCCAGAGGCCGGGGAAGCAUGGCGCGCCGCCAGAAACGCUACAGCAAAUGGCAAAUAAUAAUUUCCUCUCUAGCUUAUCCCCCGAACACUGCAGACCUUUAGCAGGAGAAUGCAUGAACAAGCUGAAAUGCGGCGCCGGCGAAGCAGAGAUAAUGAAUCUCCAGGAACGUGUCGGAACUUUUUCCGCCAUUCCAGCUUUAGGGGGCAUCUCAUUACCUCCCGGGGUCAUCGUCAUGACAGCCCUUCACUCCCCCGCAGCCUCGGCAGCCGUUACAGACAGUGCGUUUCAAAUUGCCAAUCUGGCAGACUGCCCACAGAAUAAUUCCUCGGCAUCCGGCGGGAACCCUGCGAAGAAGAAAAGGAAACGGUGUGGGGUGUGCGCGCCCUGCAGGCGGCUAAUCAACUGCGGCGUGUGCAGCAGUUGUCGGAACCGUAAGACGGGCCACCAGAUCUGCAAGUUCAGGAAAUGUGAGGAGCUGAAAAAGAAACCCGGCUCGUCGCUGGAGGUGAGAAAAUAGAACCCGGCUUUCAUCCCCCCCUUUCCUUUCUUUUGUUAGUAUCCCUCUAUCCUUCUCUCCCCUCCCCUCCUUCCACCUUCCUCCCUCCCUCCCCGCACUCCAAAGUAUUAACCUUUUCAUCCAGUCACGUUUUCUAAGCUCUUGAAAAUUGUUUCCAUGCCCACCCAUGCCUGAACAUCCCCCCGGCUUCUCCAAUCUGACUACCCGCCUAGCCUAAUUGGCAGUAAUUAGGGGUGUUUGUGCGGAGCAGCAAGCUGAGCUUGGCUCAGACACCCCGUAAUUGCUGCCAGUCAGGCUAGGGCUGGAACGCAUCCGAACAACCCCGGGCUUGGCUCGGCUCCAAGCCAGAGCUGGGAAAUGGUUUUCAGCAGAGAGAGCGAGAGGGGGUGAGAGAGUCAUCCCCUCUCUGCACCCCGGUCAUUUUAACCAAUUACGGAGACCGUCUCUGGACGGCGAGGAUCGAUUACCCACAAAGCACCAGGGCCGACAGGGCGGACCACCGCGAGGGUGAUGGCAGGGCCCGCUGAUGGCGUCCGUCUCAUAACACUCCUCUAGUUUAAUACGGAGGGAGGGGUGUAAUGAAAUAAGAACCACCCAGACACAUUCUGUUCGCCUGAUCCUAUAGGAAUUGAUUGAGGAUAGCGGGUUUUUGAGGUGAAAUCAUUUUCUAUUCUAUUUGAGGCCAUUAUAACCGAAUGUGGAUCGAUCUUUUAGGGGGUGAUACUUUGCACAUACUUGCCUUCGGUAAUGGUGGGCACUAGAAAACAAUUGUGAUGCAAAGAUGUCUGGAAGUUUUUUGGGCGAUGCACUUACAGUAAUGGGAUGGUGCUGUAAAAACUAGUGUGGAUGUGUGUUUGGUUUUUAGACCAAGGAAGUAAAGGAAGAAAAUGGACAAACAUCAUUGACAGCUAGCGAGAUACUUUGUUUCAGUGCCCUCUACAUUGAGAGGGCAGGGGUGUUUUUUAAAUUGCUAUAUUUACAUUGAUUUAUUUGGCACCUGACAUAUAGUUUAGAAAGGACUGUGGUGGAAUACAGAUAGUUGUAAAAUGUUUAUGGUUCUGACUGCCUCUGACACAACACAGGCUUAUAUUGUGGUAGACCACCACAACACACUAUGGUGCAAUAGGCCAGUAUGGACCAGUGAUUGGUUCAAUAGUUAAGUGGUAGGUAGAGCUGAGUUUAAGGGGUCCUAAUAUAAUAUCACUUGGUUUAAUGGUGAAUAACUUUGUGUACAGUACUUCUCCCUUCAGAGUUUAUUAGUCUUGGUCUACUUUUUUUCCCAGUAAAUUGUUCUGAACUUGGUCGUAUCUAUGAAUGUGUUGAAAGCUUGUUGUUCCUUUGGAGAUACAGACAUACACUGAGUGUACAAAACAUUAGGAACACCUGCUCUUUCCAUGACAUAGGCUGACCAGGUGAAAGCUAUGAUCACUUGUUAAAUCCACUUCAAUCAGUGUAGAUGAAGGGGAGGAGCCGGGUUAAAGAAGGACUUUUAAAGCCUUGAGACAAUGGUGUUGAAGUGUGUUGUUAGACUGGAGAUCCAUUUUCAGCUUAGGGUUUUCUUAUUGCCGAAUUGCUGGACUUGAUGCUUCUGCCUACCUUAUAGAAAACAAUGGAAACAUUGAUUCGUAACUCCUAAAUAAUGCACAGGAUCUGAGUGAAUACGCAGAUGGAUGCAUGUGGUGGAUCUAGUGAAGGCAUGGCCCAGCACAUAUUUGUAUUAUUGAUUCAUCAUACGACCAAUUUGUUCAGGAUUUUGUUUGGUUCCAACAGACCGUAUAUAAGAAAGUGAGAAUAUUUGAUGGUUCCAUGCUUCAGACUGAAUGGAAUUAGCCACGAUAUUGUCCUGAACUGACUUCUAGGUCCGUCUAAAGGGUUGUGGUUUAAUGGUUUCUGUGUUAAAGGUACACUAUGGAAGUUUUUAGUUUGUUUUUGUUUACCUACAAUUUUGGAUUCAGUUUUGACUGUAUGGUACACGCAUACACUCCUCGACAUAUUUAUUUGGACAGUGAAGCUAAACAUUUGAAUUUGGCUCUAUACUCCAGUAUUUUGGAUUUGAGAUCAAAUAUUUUAUGAGGGAACAGUACAUAAUGUCACCUUUUAUUUGCGGGUAUUUUCAUAUCUGUUUUACCAUUUUAGAAAUGAAAGCACUUUAUGUAUCUAGUCCCCCCAUGUGAAGGUGUCAUAUUUUGAUUAAUUUAUAGUGUAUUCAAUUUAGUCAAAAGUGAAGUGUUUUCUUCCCAUAUUUCUAGAGUGCAAUGACUUCAUCAAGCUUAGAUUCAGUGUUGACUGUAUGGUGCAUGUGAUAAAAUAUUGAUCACUUUCCUACCUCAUUAAACCACACAAUCCUUGUUACCCGUGUUACAGGUAGGUCCGUGUUUUCCUAGACUGGUCCCUGAUCUGUUGACAAAGACCUUAGGCGUUGGCUAUACAGCCUGGGACCAGGUUAGUGUUAUUGAUACUUGGCUUGAUUACCAGUACAUCAACAUCAGCUUUACGUCAUAUAACUCCUUUAACCACAAGAGACACAUUCUCUCUGUACCGCCCUCUGAAACAUGGCUGUUGUGGCUUUUAAAGUCCUACUCCAGUCUCCUUUUCACCUCAUUUAACACCCGUUUCACUUAACAAACGGCACAUCUCAAUAGGUGGUCCUGGGGGGGGGGGGGGGGGCUCUCCUUUUUUGUUCUCUAUUGUUCCUCAAGCAAGGGGGAGGCUGAUGACAUCACAGUCACCAUCAGACCAACUCUUUGAAUUCCCUACUCCUUGAAGUUUACAGUUGUCUAAAAAACACUAUUUCGCUUUUCAAAAGGAAAAGUUAAAAAAUGACUGCAGGACGUCGUUAAAUGCUGGGGGUUACAGGUGAACCAUAGAGGCUCAUUUGAUGUUGACUCCACAUCCCAGGUCCUAACAGGUGUUCUCAAACAGGUGUUCAGGAAGAAGGCCUUUCAUGCCUAAUGGCUGGUUUGACUGGGUUCGAGCAAAACAUCAAUUUGCCAACUAAGACGUUGGAAUUACCAUGGACGGAAGGGAGGGUGUGAAGAAAAACAAAAACGAAUCCAAACUUGCUUUUGAAAGAGAAAUAGGUAUUUGAGUUGUGAGUUCUGUCAUUCAGAUUAUGGGGUUCCUCUUCUACUGGUAACGGUAAUGAUUAUUUUCGUCUCGGUACCUGUAAUUAUAGAAUCAGGUUGUACCGAGGAGGCUGUGUGUGUGUUGGGUUCAAAGGCAUCGUAGAAGGUGUGAAGUUAGUUCCAUACACACUUGAUUUGGAUACAUUUUUGAUAUGUUCAGAUUCAGUCAUUUUCACCACAUUAUCUCGUGUGCUGUGAACAAUCGUGCGUGGUUCCAUGUUGAGACUCAAACGUGUGGGAAAAUGAGCGGCACUCGAGCGAGCUUGCAUAGACUUUUCAGCCCACACACACAGUCACGCACGCACGCACAGUCACACACGCAUGCACGCACAGUCACACACGCACGCACAGUCACAAGCACGCACGCACACACACACAGUCACAUACACACACAGUCACUCACACACACACACAGUCACAUACACACAGUCACUCACACACACAGUCACACAUUGUCACAUACACACAAAAGCACACUCACAGUCCCCCACCCCCUCCCCCCACACACACACACACACAUAAACAUUAGCAGCUUGUACCUCUCACCUAAGAAGGGAGGAAGCGACGAUAAGCUAGCAGCAGAAGCCAGUUAGAUUUGGUUGUCAGUGUUUUCCACAUGGGAAUCACCCUGAACUAAUUAUAUCUUAAGUAGCGGUGGAUAAAUGCAAAUCAGAAUUUUACUCACACCCCUGAAAUCGGAGAGCCAAUUUAAUCUAAUACCCCCUUUAAUUUAGCGCACUAAUGCAAGACCCUGGAGGAUUGCCCCGUGUCACUGCUGUGCUGUUCUGUUCUGCAGCAGUCUGUCUGCUUUUCUCUCUCUUUCUAAAUCAAUCUCUCAUUCUCAAUCUGUCUCUCUCUCUCUCUCUCUCUCUCUCUGUGUGUCUCUCUCUCUCUCUCUCUCUCUCUGUGUGCUUCUCUCUCUCUCUCUCUCUCUGUCUCUCUCUCUCUCUCUCUCUCUAUUUCUCUGUCUCUCUCUCUCUCUCUGUGUCUCUCUCUCUCCUCUCUCUCUCUCUCUCUGUCUCCUCUCUCUCUCUCUCUUGUGUCUCUCUCUCUCUCUCUCUGGUGUCUCCUCUCUCUCUGUGUUGUGUCCUCUCUCUCUCUCUCUCUCUCUCUCUCUCCUCUCUCCUCCUCCUCUCUCUCUCUCUCUCUCUCUCUCUCUCUCUCUUCUCUCCUCUCUCUCUCUCUCCUCCUCUCUCUCUCCUCGUCUCUCUCUCUCUCCUCUCCUCUUCUCUCUCUCUCUCCUUCUCUCCUCUCUCUCUUCCUCUCCUCCCUCUCGUCUCUCUCUCUCUCUCUCUCUCCCUCUCUCUCUGGUCUCUCUCUCUCUCUCUCCGCUCUUCCUCCUGUCCCCCCCCUGACCCCAUAAUGGAUUAGUGUGGCGUAGAGGAGGCAUCUCAUCCAACCUAACAUUUCCCCAGCAGCUAACUGCCUGGUGUGGACCCCGUGGCUCCAGGGUUCAAGCUGUAGUCUGAGAAACCUACACGCCUCUUUAUUUCAACAGGGAGUCCCAUUGAGACCAAGGCCUCUUUCGCAAGGGAGCCCUGCAUCUUACAAUUACACACAAUGUUAUUGUUGCACUGGCACUGCAGGCCAGGUCUCACCGGGGUUGUGAAUCAUACCGUUAAUGAGUGUGUCCGAAAUGCUUAUGUCCUGCUUCUGAACACAUACAGUACUGGUUCUGAAUGUGUUAUGAAGUCUUGAUGAGGGUACCUUUCAAGUGAAGUGUAAUUUCUUUCUUGCUUUUACUUCAGUUUUACUACUUAAUUUGUAGAGCGCUAUCAUACGGUUACAGUAUAGUUGAUUUAGGGAAGGACUCAGAGACCAGGAGUAAUGUGGAUCCAUUUCUCUACCAGCCCAAUUCGGAGGAGGUUGUAUUCAUAAACAGUUUAAAAGUGUGAGAGAGAUGCAGCUUAAAUGCACCAUGAAUUAUUGAAACAUCGCUAGGGGCUGUCAGAGGGAAUGAGUUUCUCUAUUACCCCACGUGCUAAAGCUACUAUUCCUCAUUGAGCCAUCUUUACAAAUUCAUACAAAUACAUGACUUAAGACAACGAUAAACUGUAAUUAUGGAUGGUUGGAUUGAUCGUUUUAAAGAUGGCUGCUGUGUUGUGCACUGAGAAGUAAGCCAUUGUGCAUGACUCUUUCCCCCCGAAUGAGUUGGUGUAUCAAAGUGCUUUGUGAUGUCAGACCAGAGAAAUGUUCAACAGCAUCUUUAUAUUCAAUACAGGGUGAGGCACUAAGACACCAUUUAGAUUGUAGUUCUUGAUACAGACCUAUAGCAUGUCCUUUUACGUCAAACAAAUUUGGAGGCCGACUGUCUGCUACAUUGUCCUUUAUUCACAGUUUCUCUGCUAGUUCUUCACUUUACUUGACAAAUGUGUAAUCUAUCGUACACUCUUAGCUCCUCUUUACUAUCUUGCCAACAAAUAAAUAUUAUCCCAUUAGAUUGAUUCAAUACAUCUGAGACGUGUACACAAGAUGUUAUAAGGCUCACGGUUUACUGCAAGAUAUCAACAACAAGAGCAUGUCUUCCUAGCCUGCUUGAGAGACAAGGGGACAAUUCCUCAGACAUUUCAAGUAAUAUCUUAUUGAUUGUGUUUCUGACUCUUCCAAUGUAUCCUUGUAUCUUGUAAACAUAACCACUGUUCACCGCUACACAAUGUACUGAAAAGAGAUGAUUAGCUAGCCUUGAAAAGGUGUUUACAGGCUAUCUCUGAUACCAUUUGCUGAGAGAGAGAGAGAGAGAGAGAGAGAGAGAGAGAGAGAGAGAGAGAGAGAGAGAGAGAGAGAUAGAGAGAGUAUAGAUAGAGCGAGAGAGUGAUAGAGAGAUAGAGAGAGACUAUAGAUAGAUAGAUCUCGAUAAUAUCUCCCUCUCUUCUCUCUCUCUGCGCUCUCUCCUCUCUUUUCUCCUCUCUCUUUCGUCUCCGCGCUCUCUCUCUCUCUCCUCUCGCUCCUCUCCCUCCCUCUCUCUACUCUCGUCUCUCAUCACUCAUCUGCUCUACUAUCUAAGAAAGAUUGAGACAUCAGAAUCGCUUCUCAAUUAGUGAAUGUGAAAGGCCACCGCCAUGGCAUCGGCCCCGGGAAAAACAGAGUGCCACGGAAAAUGGUGUGCAACGCUCUCUCUCAUCCUCUUUCUCUCUCUUUGUGGCAUGUUGAUGUGAAAUACAUGAAAUGGCGAGAUGAAACGGUGCCGGUUAGCGGUGGCACGACGUCCUCUGGCAAAAAUAAUAAUAAAACAAAUAAAUUGUGAUAAGACACCCCAAAAUGGUGGGAGGCAGGACCUUCAAGAAAAUAAAGCCAGGGAUCCAUCUGUAGUCUCUUAAUGAGAGCGAGGCCGAGCCAAAUACUCGACGGACACGUCGGAGGGACUGCGCCCCGAGUCUAAUUUGUUUUAGGUGUGCUCAGAAUAGAUAAGGACCAAUCUGUGGCCUUUUCUCUCCCACCCCCAACCUUUGCCUCCCAGGAGAUAAUACAGAGUCGCUCCCCUCCCAGCACCCCUCCCAGCACCCCUCCCUCCCCUCCCAGCCAAUCUCUUCAGGCAGAGAGUAGCAAGGUAGAGUGGAGGGUGGCGAGAAUAAAAGAAUAACCCUGAGGGACAGAUGGCCUUUUAGAUCAGCGGAUCUUCUAAUUUACUUGAUUUAUUUGAGCUUUAAAACCACAGAUUAAUUUGACGGAGGUCUAAGUGAGGAAAAAAAGACGGAAGAAAGCGACGGCCUCACGCCUCCUCCCCGCGCCUACUCCCCGCACCUCCUCCCCGCGCCCCCUCCCCGCGCCUCCUCCCCGCACCUCCUCCCCGCGCCCCCUCCCCGCACCUCCUCCCCACGCCUCCUCCCCGCGCCCCCUCCCCGCGCCUCCUCCCCGCACCUCCUCCCCGCGCCUCCUCCCCGCGCCUCCUCCCCGCGCCUCCUCCCCGCGCCUCCUCCCCGCGCCUCCUCCCCGCACCUCCUCCCCGCGCCUCCUCACAAACGCAUGGUCUCAACCUAA